AUGAAUACGCCGUUAUCAUCUUCACCACCAAUGUCACUAUCAACAUCAACGCCUCACACGGAAGAUGAUAAUGUACCUAACCAGAUAACUACAGAAACAAAAACAGCCGAUCAGUCUUUUACAGUGGUGUACGAUUAUCAAGCAAAAAACGAAGAUGAAUUGACGUUAAGACGUGGUAUUAAACUAGAAGUAUUAUCAAAGGAUUCGAGAAUUUCUGGAGGAGAAGGUUGGUGGGCCGGUAAAAUAGGCGAGUCGAUUGGAGUUUUUCCCUCGAACUUUGUCACCACAAUAACGCCAGCACAAACUCAAGAUGGUGGUAUUAAUGUGCCUGAAAUUCAUGUUGAUGACUUGACUAUUGGCGAAAUUAUUGGCUCCGGUGGAUUUGGUCAUGUUUAUUAUGGCAGAUAUCGAAAUAUGGAUGUAGCAAUCAAAACGGCUAAGUCAUUCUCAUCUACAUACACUGCAAGGGCAUCUACCACCACAACAUCGUCACCGAAAAUGGACUUAAAUAACAAUGACGAUUUGAAAAAAACUGUUAUCGAAAAUUUAUUACGCGAAGCAAAAUUAUUCUGGCGUUUAAAACAUCGUAAUAUUAUCUCACUGAUAGGCGUUAGUUAUCCAAAUUUGUCUACGGAUAAUUUGUAUUUGAUAAUGGAGUAUGCACGUGGUAGUGCAUUAAGUCAAUUAUUACAACUAAAAAAAACAGGCUUAUAUCCGAAUGUUUGGUUAGAAUAUGCAAAACAAAUAGCUGCUGGAAUGAAUUAUUUACAUGAAGAAGCAUGUGAACAUAUUAUACAUCGAGAUCUUAAAUCAAGCAAUAUUCUUAUAUUAGAGCCAGUUGACGUAAAUGAUGAAAACGAUUUAUUGCAUAAGACAUUGAAAAUAACGGAUUUUGGUUUGGCAAGACAAAUUCAAUUACAAACAUCGAACAUGAGUGCGGCUGGAACGUACGCAUGGAUGUCACCUGAAUGUAUUCGCGAUUCUGUAUAUUCAACAAAGUCUGAUGUCUGGGGUUUUGGAGUCGUAAUGUGGGAAUGUUUAACGGGUGAAAUUCCAUAUCGUGGUUUUGAUCAAUUACAAAUAGCGUUUGGCAUUGCUACGAAUAAAUAUACAUUACCAAUUCCAACAACAUGUCCAGACAGUUUUUCACAAUUAAUAACUAGUUGUUGGCAAAAAGAACCAAACGACAGACCUUCAUUUUUUGAAAUUCUGAACCAGUUAACUGAUAUUGAAGAGGAAACAUCGAGUGCAGAUAUGUCACCGACAAAUGAAUCAUUUCACACCAUGCAGCAAGAUUGGCGUAAUGAAAUACAAGAAAUGUUUCAAGAGUUAAAAGAAAAGGAAAAGGAAAUUCGUGAUCGAGAAUCAUUGAUAUUGAAAAAAGAUCUUGAACAGCAUCAUUUACAAAUUGCAUUAUCAAAAUGGGAAAAACAACUACACGAAAGGGAAUUAUUUGUUAUCGAGUGUGAAUUACGAUUAAUCAUGGGGAAACAACAAGAGCAUAAUCAUCAUUCUCAUACACCAAAACCACAAAAACGCUCUGGACGAUUUAUGCGUUCCCUAAUUACCUCACCACUGCAAACUAGUUCAACACAUUUAUCACAAACAAAUAAAAUAUCUAGUCCAAUAAAUUUUCGUCAUCUUAUAUCUGUCUGUCGUGAUCAAGAUAAUCAUCAUUUUACAACCACUGCGGAUCAUACUGACAGUUAUAUAUCAAUACCAAAUACCCCACCUUCAUCUUCUGCCAGCAGUUCUUCACCGAUCUCAUGUCCAUCAGCAGCCACCUUAGCGUCAACCGGCUAUCGCACCGAUCAUCUAUCAUCGUCACCGAAAAAAUCGUUCCAUAAUGGUUCACUGUCAUAUACUCCUAACAGUACCACGCCAAGUACACCCACUCUUAAUCGCCUAAGAACACUUCACUCUAGUCGUGAAAAUUUGCUUGAGUUUAGUAUUGAGAAUAAUAGUCUUGAUGUUCAUUUUCCAUUAUUCGACAAUAUUACAGAUAAUGUAUUAAAAUCGUCUCGUUCGGCAACUACUCCACCGUCAACAUCAUCUGCUACAACAACAUUAUUACGACGAAAAUGGCGUACAUAUCAUCGUAAGUCAACAUCGUGUUCAUCAUCGACAAUGAAAAAAAAACAACGAAGUAACACCGGAUUUGGAAAAACAGAGGCAACAUGGUAUUAUUCUUGUGGUCUUGACAACAUAACAGCGGGAACAACAGCAGCAUCGGCUGAUUUCAACACGAACAAUAAUAACAACGGUAGUAAUAAUAUGACAAAUCACGAACGUUUAGAUGGACUUCAGUUAAAACCGAUUGGUGUUGCCAUGCAAAAUCUAGUUUUACAGCAUGAUCAUAAAAGUUCAUCGGCAACACAAUCGUCCGAUUCAAUUACAAAUCAUGAAAAAUGUUUAUCACAUGCAUUAUUUCAUAUUAGUUCAAUGAUUUCAUCAAUAGGUUUCGGAAGACAUUUGCCUCAUCCGUCGUUUUCAUCGAAUCAUUCUUCUUCAUUAUCUCAUAAAAUUCCUUCGACGCCAAAAUGUAUUUCUUCAACUUUGCACUGUUCGGCUGGUGAAACAACAACACCCAUAAUUUUAAAUUCAUUAUCAUCGACACCUGAUUCAUCUAUUCGUCUAAAUUAUGACGAAAAUAAAAGGACUAGUUUUGAUAGACAUUGUCUUUCUACUUCUGAUGAGCCUCGUGAAAGAUCAAAAUGUUCUCCACAACGACCAAACUCACUUAUUCUUUCAUCACCCAGUCCCGCAGUAUCACUUAGUAGAAAUGCAUUAGACUCAUUGGAACAAUCAGCUACUGGAACACAGUGCAGUUAUUCUGAUUUACAAGUAGCAGAUAGCGACAAAAAACAAUUUCAUGAACAAACAUCCUGUUCUUCUAGUCAAUCUUGUUUAACGAAAAAUAAUCGCUCAACUACUGUAUCAACAUCUUCUUUCUCCUCUUCCUUUGAUAAUGAAACAUAUUACUCUCCUAUUUCAACACCACUGAUUCAACAGCCAUUCAAUCAUUCGAUUCAUUAG